AUGAAGAGCGAUGAGUCUAUGGAUAUUCCCUGGACCUUUAAAACUGGAAACCCGUCACCUGGACACAGUGAAGUCCAGAUGAAGAGAUCAGACUCACCAGAACCCAGCUGUGUCUCGAUGAAGAGCGAUCGGUGUAUGGAUGUUCCCUGGAGCUUUAAAACUGGAAACCCAUCACCUGGGCACAGUAAAAUUGGGACUAAAUCUGAGACUCCAGUAUUAAAGGGAUUAAAGUUGUUGUCUUUAACAGCUACUAUUUUUGUUCUCAGUGUUUUACAGAAGGCAGGAGACAGAAGAGAAAAGAUCUUCAUCGCAGAUACAGGACACGCCCCAGAAUCUCCUGCUGUAAAUGAAUUCCAGAAAAAAUUCAGAUUAAACCUGAUGAAGAAGUUUCAGUGUUUAAAUGGAGUGAUGAUAAAGCCGGAAACGCGAGCGCUCCUGAAUGAGAUCUACACCGAGCUCUACAUCACAGAGGGAGACAGUGGAGACGUCAAUAAAGAACAUGAGGUGAGACGGAUUGAGGCAGCGUCCAGGAGAAAAACAACAGAGGAAACACCAAUCAAAUGCAGUGACAUCUUUAAGCCCUUAUCUGAAGAAGACGAACCCAUCAGAACUGUAGUGACAAAGGGCGUGGCUGGUAUCGGAAAAACAGUCUCUGUGCAGAAGUUCAUUGUGGACUGGGCUGAACGGAAAGCAAAUCAGGACGUCCCCCUCAUAUUUCCACUUCCUUUCAGAGAGCUGAAUCUGAUGAAGGACCAAAACCGGAGUCUGAUGGAGCUCCUUCAUGUCUGCUUUAAGGAAACCAGAGAAACAGAAAUGUCCAGGUUGGAAAAGGUUCUGUUCAUUUUUGAUGGAUUGGACGAGUGUCGUUUCCCUCUGGAUUUCCGGAACACAGUGAGAGUGUGUGAUGUAACUGAAUCAGCAUCGGUGCGUGUGCUGCUGAUAAACCUGAUCAAAGGGAAUCUGCUUCCCUCUGCUCUCGUCUGGAUCACCUCCCGACCAGCAGCAGCUGAUCAAAUCCUCUCUGAGUAUGUCCAUCGAGUCACAGAGGUACGAGGGUUCAAUGACCCCCAGAAGGAGGAGUACUUCAGGAAGAGGGUCAGUGAUCAGAGCCUGGCCGAGAACAUCAUCACACACCUGAAGUCAUUAAGAAGCCUGUACAUCAUGUGUCACAUCCCAGUCUUCUGCUGGAUUUCAGCCGCUGUCCUCGAGAGAAUGUUGGGUGAAGCAGAGAGUGGAGAGAUCCCCAAGACUCUGACUCAAAUGUACACACACUUCCUCAUCAUUCAGACAAACGUCAUCAGAGAAAAAUACUCAAAGAAGCAGGAGAGUGAUGAAGAAAUGCUGCUCAAACUGGGACAACUGGCUUUUGAGCAGCUGAAGAAAGGCAACCUGAUCUUCUAUGAGGAAGACCUGCGAGGGUGUGGCAUUGAUGUGACAGAAGCAGCAGUGUACUCAGGUGUGUGUACGCAGAUCUUCAGAGAGGAGCCUGGGCUUCACCAGAGUAAAGUGUACUGCUUUGUUCAUCUGAGCAUUCAGGAGCAUCUCGCAGCUCUGUAUGUGCAUCUGACCUUCAUGAAGGAAAAGAGAAAUGUUCUUGAUCAGAGUCGGUCCUUUGAGACAAUUUCAGAUGUACACAGGAGGGCUGUAGAUCAGACGUUAAAAUCUGAGACUGGACAUCUGGAUCUGUUCCUCCGCUUUCUUCUGGGUCUCUCACUGGAGUCCAAUCAGAAACUCUUAGAUGCCUUAGUAACACAGACAGGAAGUAACUCCCAGAGCAAAGAGGAAACAGUUAAGUACAUUAAGAAGAAGAUCAGUAGAGAUGAUCUUCCUGCAGAAAAAUCCAUCAAUCUGUUCCACUGUCUGAAUGAACUGGGUGAUGAUUCUCUCGUGGAGGAAAUCCAACGCUACCUGAAAUCUGGGAAACGAAGUGGACUCUCUCCUUCACAGUGGUCUGCUCUGGUGUUUGUGUUACUGACUUCAGCACAGGAGCUGGAGGAGUUUGAUCUGAGAAAAUAUACCAGUACAGAGAAGAUACCAGAUUGGGUUCUUGUGAAGGUGAUGCCUGUGAUUGCAGCAUCCAGGAAAGCCGUGUAA